CAUCGAUCCGCGCAGGUAAACAGGUGACGCACCUGAGAAUCACCCUUCCGGUUGAGGUAGUAUUAUGAAGUGAGCAGAGAAAACGUUCAAGAUGGGGUUAAACAUCGUCCUUUUGGUGUUAUCGACGAUUGUACUUUACAAUGGAGCUGAAGGCAUCAUGUGUCACCGUUGUUACAGUGCUAUGGGAGGCUGUGGUGAUGAAUUAAACUGGUGGAUGUUCCCGUGGAAAGAUUGUGGGGACUCACGCUUCUGUGUUAAAGUCAUAGAGAAAGUCGGAUCUGACCACACCAUCAUUCGAGAAUGUGAGAAUAAUCUUUUGAAGACAACCAAACACAGACUUCAGAUGCCAGGUCUUCGGCGUCAUGGUUACUGUCUUCCUGCCAGGAAAAACUCGGGCAGUAGCCCGUUAACUGUUGAGGAUCCUAACAUACAGUACUGUUUUUGUAAUGACUGGAACGGCUGUAACUCGGCAAGUGGACUCUCUGUCCGGAUCCUACCGGUGUCCCUCGUCGCCGUACUAGUGACAAUGUUCAUAUCUAAAUUCAUUUAAACUUUUUAAAAAGGGCAAAGCAUAAUUAUAAACCCUGGUUCCAAGUGAAAUUUAAGGGACAGAUAUCAUAACUGUAUUUUAAAAACUUCAGAAAAGAGCAUUUUAAAUCGGAUAUCAUUUUUGUAUUAUAUUUUAUUCAAAUUAGUUCGAUAAAUAACCAUGAAAAAUGUAUGACUGUCUGUGUGUGUCUUCCAUGCAUGGAAGAAGAGUGUGUGCAGAUGUGUUUUAGUUGCCUUUAAAAUAAGGAAACUAUUAAUUAAUAACUGUCCAAUAAUAAGAUAUUAAUGUCUGAUUCUAUGCAAACAUUUAAGUGCUGUUUAAGAAUAGAUCAGGAUAUAAAAGUGGUUGAUUUAGGAGGAUGGGGUGUUUGGUGGACUACCUGAACUCAGUCCAGAAACUUUGGUAAUUCGUUAUUUCUGGUUGUAUGAUGAUGUUGGUGGAAGGUCGGGCCCCAAAUCCUCCUUAAGGAGCACAAGUAGAAUUGUGUAACAUUUGAUCCCUUCCUUCCUUUCAUAAAACAGGAUCUACUGUUGCUAUGUAGAAUAGCAUGAUGGUUCUGUAGCAGUCCAUAACGACCUGUUGAUGGUUGUGUAUAUAAAGCAUACAUUCAUACAUCUGUACAUGUCAUUUCUUGUACAGUUUUUGUGUGUUCCUUGUAAAUAGCUAUCAUUUAACAGUGUAUUUGAUGUAUGAUGUAAUUAGUGUUGUCUUGGAAAGUUAUAAGUAUCAUUCCAAAUUUUUGACAGUUUGAUGCAUACAAUAGGAACAUUUUGAGUAGCAGAUAUAGAUAUACUGGUGUGUUUUAUUGUCGAAGAAUAUUUUUUUAGAUAAAUGAAAAAAAAAUCAAUUAGAAAGCUUUGUUUGGGACGUCCUGGUUAAAACAGCACAGCAAAAAGCUAAAUGUAGAUUGCCUGUAUAUGUUAGAGCUUUCUACACUGUUUGUCAGCUUUUUUGUAUAAUUUAUACAGACAAGUCAUUUAUUUGAAGUAUUGAUUCCCAUACUAACAGAUACAUUGAGUUCUCAAAAUGUGGCCAGUUCCCACAGGAAAAAGUCUUUUCAUGAAUUUAGAUCUUAAAUAUCUGUGUCUCCAAAAUUAGUCUUGCUUGCUUUUGUAUGGGUAUAAAAUUACUGGACACAGAAAAAUAAGUCAGUCACAUCUAUGAAGUACCUGUCAAAUAGUCAAAUUCUAACAAUGGUACGCAUGGUCUCGUACGCAUAUAUGUCUGUUUUUGUCAAAGUUCCUUUUUGUAAAUAUAUCUACAUAUUGCCAUGAAUUCAGAUGAUCAAAGGGAGGUAAUAACUGUAAAAUUGUUUGUACAUAAAUAUAUAUAUUUUUUUACAAAUGGAAAUGAUUCAGUGUAGAUAGUAGCCAUUGAUUUUAAACAGCAAAUUUGUCAUAAUCAUUAUAAUCAUGUCACACUGAUUUCUCUAUCAUAUAUUAUUAUCAUUAAAAACAAACUGUUUUAAUUCAGUUCUUUUUUUCUCCAAUUGUAUUUGAAUGUCAUUUUGGAUUAUAUCAAUUGCAAGCACACACAAAAAAUACUUGGUAUGUUUCAAAACUAUUAUCAUUUCUUCAUCACAGAAACCAAAUUUAUGUGAUAAUAUUACUCUAGUGUAAAUGAUUGUAAACAUAAAUCAGACUUGUUAUAUUGAAUUGUAAUGAGUAAAAUUUUGAAUUAAUUAUGAUUAAGAUCAAUUAAUGAAAAUCACACUGACUAAGAUGAGCUCAUGAAUACUUAAAAUUUCGAAGUUAAAGUCACAAUUAAGAUACAUUAAAGGGUAAUUAUAGAAAACAUGAGUUUUCUAAAAUAAUUACCCUAUAAUGUAUAUUUUUUCAUUUAGAAUAAAAUACUGAUGGAAUUUUUGAGCAUCAUUGAAUGUAAGUUAAAUCUUAAUUUUUCUUCAGAAUAUGAAGUUAAUUGUGAAAACAUGACUUUCUUAUUUUUGUAUCUGGUGAGUUUUGUAUAAGUGGAUCAAUGUUAUCACAGAAAUUUUAUAAAAAACAGUAUAUGGAAAAUAAAAAACAUUUCUU